UACAAUCCUACUCACCAUUUUAAACGACUUGUUGCUGGCUGUCAACUGAUUUCAAAACAACAGCGUCACUUUGAAAUAUAUAAUACUUCUGACAUUAAUGACUUAUUUCCAAGAAGUACGUUAUUGCCAUUAGGUUGUUUACGUGGUUUACAACAAACAACAUGUCAUUCUUAUCGGAAGAGCGUGAAUAGCUGAUGACGCCGCUGUGAAGUGAAAUGAAAAGGGAAGUGAAAGUUAACGCAGUUGGUUUGGACAUAAACCAAAAACAGCGAAGAUCAAAUAGAAAGCAAGGUUUAAAGUUGCUUGACAAGUGAAGUACCCCGCUCAUCACCAUGACGUCAACAAACUACAUGUACUUCAUUAUAACAAAAAAACCUGAAUACCCGACACACAUCAAUGCUGGCCAAAUAUGCUACAUCAGUAAAUACGAUUUCAAGAUCAAAUCAUCAGUCGGCAGUAAAUCUCGUUCUUGCAGAAAGUUGCCCGUCACCCUGUGCUCAGUUAAAUUGUCAGAGUAUGAAAUAGAGGAGAGUUCUAUGGAAGGGCUGAGUUACGAGGAAGUGGAGCUGCUGCAGGCCCUGUAUGAAGACGAAGAGAGGCUGAAGUGGUUCAGAGAGCGAGAAACUCUUCAAACAGCACUGGGACUCACGAAAGGUACCACUGUGACUGUGAACGAAGGAGGACAGAAGCUUAGAGGCAUCGUUCGCUACAUUGGAGCAAUUGAAGAGUCUCUUCCCUUUCCAGGAAAGUUCUUUGGCAUUGAGCUGCAGGGAGAAGACAGGGGGAAGGGGAAAACGGAUGGCGGAUUCAAAUACACAUCCUUCUUCUCCUGUACGGCCGAUUGUGGCAUUUUUGCUCCAUUCUCCAGAGUCAGGCCUGUGGUUCCCAGCUCCUUGUCAGCCUCCGUGGCCAAGUCCUCCUCACAGUCCGAAACAGUAGAGCUAACCCCGGGGGAUAGAGUCACUUACCUCGUCCAUGAUAAAUAUCGGCAUGGAAUGGUGUUGUUUGUGCUGGAAAAAUCUGUUCGUAUCUCCACGGACACAGAUGAGAAUGGACAGAGAGGGGGCGAAGUUGAAGUUCCACUGUAUUUGGUGGAAAAGGUGGAGGUGCCGACAGAGCGCGAGACCUUGGAUGUCGAUAUACCCCCGGUGGAACCAGGUACUGAUGAUCUGUACUUGGAUCUCAGCGUGAACUCUAUGGUGGAGGUGACCUUGGCUACAGGCAAUUCAUAUGGAUUCAUCCGCUGGAUCGGCAAUCUGCCUGAUCGGCAGGAAAUCAUGGCUGGACUAGAGCUGGAGGAAGACAAUGGAGUGAGUGAUGGUUCCUUCAAAGGAACGCGUUUCUUCAGUUGUCCCGCCAAGAGAGCUCUGUUUGUGAAGCUUCUGUCCUGCCGCCCUGACUCACGAUUUCAGAGCGCAUCAGCCGAUCGCAGCGAGAGGAUGCCAAAAGAGGAAGACACAGAGAGUGAGCACAGUGCAGGGAAGCUGGAGACUGUCCCCCCCAUCAGCACAGAGCGGGUUGAUCAGAUUCUGAUUGGACCAAUGAAAGGGAUCCAAGGCCACUGCAACUCCUGCUACAUGGAUGCUGCCCUCUUCAGCUUGUUUUCCUGCUCCUCCGUGUUGGACUCCAUGCUGUUUAAAUCGACCGAACCUCAAGAUGCCCCGAUCCAGAACACACUGCUCCACGACAUCGUUAAUCCCCUCCGCAGUAAGGGCUUUGUGGAAGGGCGGCACAUCAUGAAGCUCCGGCAGCAGCUGAAGAAACACGGCCACUGUCACUCCUUCACCACAGAUGAGAAGGAUCCGGAGGAGUUUCUCACCGUCAUCAUGCACGACAUUCUUGCGCUGGAUCCUCUGCUCAAACUCUCAGCGGCAGGUAAAGUGCAGGACAGUUACUGCUAUCAGAUCUUCUUGGACCAGAACCACAGCCUGGUGCUGCCCACAGUGCAGCAGCUGCUGGAGCACUCCUUCCACACUGCAGGACUCAAGCUGGCAGAGGUGCCAUCCUGCCUCAUCCUCCAGAUGCCUCGCUUUGGGAAGAAAUUCAAGAUGUUUGAUAAAAUCAUUCCUUCUCUGGAGCUGGACAUCACUGACCUCCUCUCUGAAGGUCCUCAGCAGUGCAUGCUGUGUGGAAACUUGGCCGAGGUCGAGUGCACAGACUGUUUUAAAGAUCCCCUUUUCGGCCACACCGGAUUCAAAAUCUUCUGCAAGAUGUGUUCAAAUCAGGUGCACUCUCAUCCUCAGCGCAGGUCCCAUCAACCAGCUGCUCUGGACAUCCCCGAGGGUUACUUGGCUAGCAGCAUUCCUCAUACUCUGAUCAGAGACAAGCUGGAGCUGUUCGCUGUGCUCUGCAUCGAGACGAGCCACUACGUGUCCUUCAUCAAACACGGACCGAACAGCCAGGACUGGAUCUUCUUUGACAGCAUGGCAGACCGAGAAGGAGAGACAGACGGCUUCAACAUCCCGAAGGUUCACGCCUGCCCUGAGGUAGGCACGUACCUGGAAAUGUCUCCCGCGGAGCUGGCCAAUCAGGUGCCUCGAGACAUGAAAGGUGUGGCCAAACGUCUCUUCUGUGAUGCCUACAUGUACCUGUAUCAGAGCACCAGCAUGUGUCUCUAUCGCUGAGCGGACGCCACCCCAUUGCUUACAUUUUGCACAAAAUGUAAAUCGGGAAAGUAGGAUUGUUGCCUUUUGCUGUUCAUGUAAUCUCCUUUGUGGAUUGGUUUGUUUUUUUCUUUUAUGAAAUGUUUGGAAAUACACACAUGAACAAUUAAAAACGUGUAUAUAUGUCAUUGUCUGGGAAAGUAAUAUCAGGUUUGAAUAAUUUAUAUCGUUUUACUUCUGUAAUAUUGUACGAACAUAAAGAAGAAACUGAAGUUGCUUGCUAAAUUGUUGCACUAUAAAGACAAAAAAUUGACAAUCACUGCCACGUGUUCGGAAAGACAAAUGUUGCACAAUGUAAUAUUGUGAUUUUUUUAAGUUGACGACUUCCUCUUGGUGUUUGACAUGUUUACAAUUUCAGAAAGUUUCAGAGUGGCCUGUUGUAAUGCAGACUAACUACUAUUGUAAAUAGAACGUUAUUCAUUUGCUUAUUAAGUUCACCAUUGUGCCUUAAUGUUUUCUUACUAAUGAGGGUUUAUUAUUAUUAUUUCAGUAGAAUUUGUUCAAACUCUUGAACUUUUGAAUAUAAUGCAAGUGUGCUGGCUAAACUUGUGUUCCUGAAAUGCUGUGCAGUCAUUGCUACUGGUUCUGAUAUACAAUGCAAUGAACACAAUAAAUAAAUACAAGGCAUACAACAUA